CAGCAAUCCGAGAUCUUCCUCCGGUACAAUCAGCUUUUGCUAGCCUGGUAGUCCCACAGACACUGUAUCUUGAUUAGUUUCUCCUGGGUUGUUGACUUGGUCCUCUUUACCUAGCGCCUUCACCUAUUACCUCUGUUUAGUCAGAUCAUCUGUCCCGCGUCUCCCACCGCUCUGGAUACUUGACGACUUUUCGGACACUCAGUCUCUGCCAUCCCCCGUGUCACCAGCCACCCACAACCCUCCAACCGCUAGAUCUCGGCUUAUACAUCUUUUCGGUUGUUGUGAAACAUAGACCUAGACCAAGACUUCGAUCUCGUUUCGGACUAGACUUACACUUUGGUUAAUUAUCUCCCUGUUACUUGUGCUAAACUACAGCUCCUUUUGAAACCUUGCAAAUUAGACUAUACUGAUCAACAGCAAUCCUUUCUUUAAUCAAACACAGACAGCACCUUUCCAUUCAAGAUAAACCAGCGAGGAAUUCAUCAAGAUGAGCUACGCCAACGAACCCAUCGCCAUCAUCGGCAGCGGUUGCCGCUUCCCCGGUGGAGCCUCCUCUCCCUCCAAGCUAUGGGAGCUGCUGAAGCAACCGCGCGAUGUCGCCAAGAAAAUCGACAGGUUCCAAGCCGACAGCUUUUACCACCAGGACGGUCACCACCACGGAACGAGCAAUGUUCUUCACUCAUACCUCCUCGAGGAAGACACCAAAGCCUUCGAUGCUCAAUUCUUCAACAUCUCGGGUGCCGAAGCCGACGCCAUCGAUCCUCAGCAGCGCUUCCUCAUGGAGGUCGUCUACGAGGCUCUCGAGUCUUCCGGUCUGAAGAUCGAAGAUCUUUCCGGUACUGCGGCGGCCGUGUAUGUUGGUGUUAUGUGCAAUGAUUAUGCUCAGAUCACGUACCAGGACCUCGAGUGUGUUCAUAAAUACGCGGCCACUGGCACGGCCAGCAGCAUCUUGAGUAACCGGGUGUCGUACUUCUUCAACUGGACUGGACCUUCGAUGACGAUUGAUACGGCGUGCUCAUCGUCACUGAUCGCGACUCAUCAAGCGGUUCAAGUCCUCCGCAGCGGCGAAUCCAACCUUGCCGUUGCAGCUGGAACCAACCUGAUCUUCUCUCCGACAAACUUCGUCGCUGAAAGCAAUGUGAACAUGCUUUCGCCCACGGGCCGCUCUCGCAUGUGGUCCGCUAACGGUGACGGAUAUGCGAGAGGCGAGGGAACUGCAGCUGUUAUCCUCAAGCGACUCAGCGAUGCCAUUGCUGAUGGUGACAACAUUGAGUGCAUCAUUCGAGAGACAGGUACCAACCAGGAUGGGCGUACUCCUGGUAUCACCAUGCCUAGCUCGUCUUCGCAGGCACAGCUCAUCCGCCAAACCUACGCCAAGGCAGGUCUUGAUCUCAUCAAGGAUCGCUGUCAGUACUUUGAGGCCCACGGCACUGGUACCAAAGCCGGAGACCCGCAAGAAGCCGGCGCCAUCUUCAAGGCCUUCUAUGGCGACAAAGAGGUUAGGGACCCAGACGAUGUCCUCUAUGUCGGUUCGAUAAAGACCGUGAUUGGGCAUACAGAAGGCACCGCCGGAGUCGCUGGCCUCCUAAAGGCUUCUCUAAGCAUCCAGAAUGGCGUGAUCCCGCCAAACAUGCUCUUCGAUGAGCUGAACCCGGACAUCGAGCCCUACUACGGCAAUCUUCAGAUCACGACAGCCCCAAAGCCUUGGCCUGAGCUUGCUCCUGGUGUUCCGCGACGUGCUAGCGUUAACAGCUUUGGAUUUGGUGGUGCCAAUGCCCACGCCAUCCUCGAAAACUACGAACCAGUACGAAGCCAACAAGUGCAACGCAGCUCCCUGGCCGCCAUGCCUUUUUUAUUCUCGGCUAACUCGGAAAAAACCUUGGCCAGCCAACUGGAGACUUACCUGUCCUUCCUCGAGAACACCACCGACGUCGAAAAUACCAACCUUCGUGAUCUCGCCUGGACUCUCUCCCGAAAAUCAGGCUUCUCUCUACGCACAACCUGCUCAGCCACGACCAUCGACUCGCUACGCAGCAAGUUGAGCACAAAGCUCGAGGCCAAGAAGAACGACAACAAGCCGCUGGGGGUCCGUCCUUCCAUGAAGAACAAGAAGAUUCUGGGCGUCUUCACCGGUCAGGGUGCUCAAUGGCCCAUGAUGGGUUACAGACUAAUUGAAUCAUCUUCCUUUGCCAGGAAGAUUGUGGAUCAAUUGGACGAGUCGCUUCAGAGCCUUCCUGAGCAAGACCGUCCUACUUGGUCGAUCAAGGAAGAGCUUGCCAAAGGCUCUGACGAGUCGCAUGUCAUGGAGGCGGCGUACUCGCAGCCCCUAUGCACCGCUGUUCAAGUCUUGUUGGUGGACAUGCUGUCCAAAGCCGGUGUCAGCUUUGAUGCUAUGGUCGGUCAUUCCUCAGGAGAGAUCGCAGCAGCCUAUGCAGCCGGAUACUUGACUGCCAGUGAUGCUGUGAGAGUCGCCUACUACCGUGGUCUCUACAGCAAGCUUGCGAGUGGCCCCGGCGGCGUCGCUGGUGGUAUGCUCGCUGUCGCAACAUCUCUGGAAGAUGCGCAGGAGCUCUGUGAUCUACCUACCUUCCAAGGUCGCCUCAACGUCGCCGCCAGCAACUCCUCCUCAAGCAUCACGCUUUCUGGCGAUAUCGCAGCCAUCGAAGAGGCUAAGUUCAUCUUGGAGGACGAGUCCAAGUUCGUCAGGGCUCUGAAGGUAGACACGGCAUACCAUUCUCACCAUAUGCAGCCGUGUGCCGAGGUGUACAUCGAGGCUAUGCGACGUUGCAAAGUCGAGAUCCAAACGCCAAAGACUGAUUGCAAAUGGUUCUCCUCUGUUCUGGGCGGUACCGAAGUCAGCCUUGAUAUGGCCGAAGAGCUUGCUGGGACAUACUGGAGAGACAACCUUCUCCAGCCGGUGCUGUUCUCCCAGGCACUCGAGGCGGCACUUGAUCACAUCGGUACCCCUGGCUUGGCUGUGGAAGUUGGCGCCCACCCGGCCCUCAAGGCUCCCGCCAGUGGCACAAUAGAAGAAAAGUGCGGCAGCAGUGUUCCCUACUGCGGUGUGCUUGCAAGAGGUUCCAAUGACGUCGAGGCCCUGUCGGAAGGCAUCGGUGCCAUCUGGUCAAACAUCGGGUCUGCUGCUGUCAACUUUGCCGAAUUUGACAUUCUGUUCUCGGAAGGGCCCAAUGACAAGCCCAAAUUUCUGAAGACCACGCCUACGUAUACCUGGGACCACGAUCACACCUACUGGAAUGAGUCCCGAAUGUCCAAGUCGAUGCGCUUCAGACCAGAAGGCCACCACGAGCUCCUCGGCAUCCGGACCGAUGGAGGUGAGAACGAGUACCGGUGGCGCAACUUCAUCAAGCCGGCCGAGAUGGGCUGGAUGCGCGGCCACCAGAUCCAGGGACAGAUCAUCUACCCCGGCUCUGGUUACGUAGCCAUGGCCAUGGAAGCCUGCAAGGUCUUCGCACCGGCCUCUCAGAUCGCCCAAAUCGAGGUGCUCAAUCUCCGCAUCACUCGCGCCAUGGCCUUCCUCGACGAUGCUGCCGUCGUUGAGACCCUGGUGAACCUGGCCAAUGUGCAGCACGACGAAGAGCGCGGCCUCGUCUCUUGCGACUUUGUAUGCGAGAUAUGUCCUAACAAGGAUGCACCCCCAGCUACGGCGUCGACUUGCCAGAUCAGACUUCGUCUCGGAGAGGGUUCUCAUCGGACUCUCCCGGAGAGAUGCCAGUCGACGCUUAAAAUGACAGAGGUGGACCGGGAGCACUUCUAUAGCUCGCUUUCCACUUUGGGCUACAACUACGCCGACAUGUUCCAGGGCAUCACUACCUUGAAGCGUACUACGGACACUGCGUCUGGUGUGAUCCAUAUUGAGCCCGAGGAAGGGUACGACUCUUCGUCCCUCAUCUUCCACCCGGCACCCCUCGACGUCGCCUUCCAGUCCGUCUUUGGCGCCAUUGGAUCCCCCGGAGAUGGACGCCUGAUCAACCCCUAUUCCUGCCCCCAAGGCGCUGGUCUGGGAAGCGAUCUGCCGUUUGAUGCCGUCAUUUCCGUGUCUCCUUCGAACGGCAUUUCCGGUGAUAUCGAGGGACUGCACGACGACGCUCAAAUGAUCUCGGAAACCAUUUGGGGGCCCGAUGUAGCCGACGUGACCAAGGACUUUACCGAGUUUUGGGAUGAGACCGAAGAGCGCUGGGGUCUGGCCUACUUCAUUGAGAGGGCUUGCUUUUUCUACAUGAAGCGUCUUCAUGACACCAUUUCUGCUGAGGAGCGCGAGAAGUGCGAGUGGCAUCCACGGAAAUACCUCAAUUGGGUUGCUUCGAUCGUUGAGGAGGUGUCGGAGGGUACACAUCCGAUUGCGAAGAAGGAAUGGAUAAACGACACUUGGGAGGCGCUUGAGCAACCCAUGAGAGAGUUUGCCGCAAAAUACGAUGACUUCCAUCACAUCAUGGAUCUGGGUGACAAUCUCGUCCCUUUUGUGCGUGGCGAGGUGAACCUGCUCGAAACGGUCAGAGAGUCUCUGGAGUAUAUCUAUAAGCACACUUUCGGGUUUCCAGAGUAUAACGCCUACUUGGGCGGUCUUGUGGAGCAGCUUUCACACAAACACCGACAAAUGGACAUACUUGAGAUCGGUGCUGGCACUGGAUCAGCCACAGAAGCCAUCAUGCAGAGGAUUGGGGAUAAUUACUCCUCGUACACCUACACCGAUAUAUCGGCCGGCUUCUUCAUGGACGCGGAAGAGAUCUUCAAGGCCCAGUCAGACAAGUUCAUCUACAAAACCCUCGACGUGGAGAAGAACCCCGUUGAGCAGGGCUACGUUGAGCACAGCUAUGACUUGAUUGUUGCCUCGAACGUCCUGCAUGCCACGACCAUCCUCGAGAACACUCUUUCCAACGUCCACAAGCUGUUGAAGCCAGGCGGCUACUUGGUCUUACUUGAGACCACCGAUGUCAAUCCCCUCCGCCCAACCUUCUUCUUUGGCAGUUUGCCCGGUUGGUGGAUUGGCGAAGCCGACGGCAGGCUGCACCAUCCCCUGAUCACGCAGAAAGGCUGGGAGACGGUGCUGCAAAAGGCGGGUUUCUCUGGUAUUGACACGGCGACGCCCGACACCAAAGUUUUUAUGGUACCGCAGAGCAUCAUCAUGAGUCAGGCCGUCGACACCCAAAUUAAACUCAUUCGCCAGCCCCUGUCAGGCGGCGACAAGAUCAAACUCGAUAACCUCCUGAUCUUGGGCGGUGGCCAGUCACUUUCCACUUGUCAGCUACAGGAGGAUGUCAUCGCGACUCUGCAGCCUUUUACCAACAGCGUCACUAUUGUGGAUAGACUUGAGGACUUGACUGAGUCGCAAUUCGUCUCGAAGCAGAUCAUUCUAAGUCUGCUAGAGCUUGAUGAGCCGGUCUUCAAUCCCUUUACCCCUGAAAAGUGGGCCUGUCUCCAGCUGCUCACCGAGAAGGCCCGCAACGUUUGUUGGAUUCUUCAGGGGAGCAGGGGGGAGAACCCCUACGCCAACAUGAUGAUUGGCGUUUCCCGCUGUUUGGUCUAUGAGAAAUCGGAUCUUCGCAUUCAAUGCAUUGACUACGAUAUCAACGACAGCCCAGAUCCAACCUACAUUGCCGGAUCUGUUUUGAGGAUGCACAUCUCGGAUACUUGGAAGGGUUUCAUUGAACCGUACAACCCUACCUGGGUGCUGGAGCGUGAAAUUCGUGUCCUCGAUGGUGGCGAGAUUUCUAUUCCUCGUGUCAUGCCCUGCAAGCGACUCGAUAACCGAUACAACGCAUCCCGAAGAACCAUCCGCGAUGAGCUGCAACUGACCGACUCGGUUGUUGAGGUUACCAACGAGGGAUCAGCUUUCGAGCUGCAAGAGGUCACGACGCCAAGCUGGGCCACGUCCUCACUGUCUGAUUCGGUGGAUAUUGAAGUCCACCGAUCCUCGUUAUUUGCUCUGCCAUUGCUAUCCCUUGCCGGAACUCAGGAGAAGGUCAUGGCUUUCUCCGAGACCUGCCGAUCCAAGGUCACCGUUGAUCAUGACCAAGACGCAAGCCUCGUGAUCACCGCAGCCAGCGCUCCCAAGGGCACUUCCAUCCUCGUCCACGAGCCCACCAAAUUGAUCGCCGAAGCCCUUCAGGAGGCAGCUAAGGAACGAGGUGUCACUGUCACCUUUACUACGUCCGACGAGACCAAGACCGAAUUCCGUGUCAUCCACCCCGCUGCACCAGCCCGUGCCCUCUGGCAGGCUCUGCCCAACAAGCUGUCGGGCUUCAUGGACAUGUCGAGCGGGUGCGAUGCCGGCCGCGUCGGAGCCCGCAUCGAGAAGCAGAUCCCGUCCCGUUGCGAGCGCGUUCCGCUGGCCAUAUUAUUCAGUGGACCGGCGUCUGUACAGCCCGACGCCUCGGUGGAUUCAGUGGCGAACAUCCUGCGGAAGGCGAAUGGAUUCUUCGCCUCUCACGCCGACUUGGACACCACCGAGCGUGUUGAGGAGGUCGCCUUGGCUGAUAUUCCUGGCCAUGUGGCUACGAGCGAUUCGUUCGCAGUGGCAAAUUGGACUUCACAGCCUACUGCUUCGGCCAAGUUGUCUACCCCUGAGAACAUCAUCCAGUUCCGAUCUGACAAGACCUACUUCCUCGUCGGUCUCUCGGGAGAUCUGGGGUUGUCGCUGUGCCAGUGGAUGGUGCGACGGGGUGCUCGUUAUGUUGUUUUGACAUCUCGCAACCCUAAGGUUGAUCCCAACUGGAUGAAGCUCAUGGACGCUGAAGGUGCUGUUGUCAGCGUCAUGGCGAUGGACGUUACCGACAAGCGCGCAGUCCUCAAGUGCUACCAAACCAUUUGCAAGACACUCCCCCCUAUUGUUGGUGUUAUCAACGGCGCUAUGGUCCUCAACGACGGGCUAGUCGCCACACAGUCUUACGAUGACUUCAACGGCACCCUCCGCCCCAAGGUUGAAGGCACUCGUUUCCUGAACGAAAUCUUCAACAAACCCACUCUGGAUUUCUUCAUCGUCUUCUCGUCGCUCGCCUACUCCACUGGAAACAUCGGCCAGUCGUCCUACGCCGCCGCCAACGCCUACAUGGUCAGCAUCGUCGAGGGCCGCCGCAAGCGCGGGCUCGUCGGCAGCGCCAUGAACCUCGCUGGUAUCUACGGUAUUGGGUACAUCACUCGCACCGAUCGAAACAUCGUCGAGCGGCUGCAGAAGUUGGGUUACUCGAGCAUUUCUGAAUGGGAUUACUUGCAGUUCUUUGCUGAGGCCGUAUUGGCGGGGCAGCCGGACUCGCUGCAUACUUUCGAGGUUUCGUCUAGUCUCAAACCUUCGGAUCCGGAGGCGGACAGCCCGCCUGCAUGGUUGGGCGUGCCGCGAUUUUCGUACUUUAAGCGGGUCCGGGCUCAUGUUGCGGGGGGUGAGGAUGGGAAGAUGGUUUCGGUGAGAAAUCAACUGAAGGAGCAGACUACUAAGGAGGGGGUUUACAAAGUUUUGCUCGCUGGUCUCACGGCAAACCUAUACAAGCAGCUUGGAAUGCGUCCAGAGGACAAUGGGAUUGCUCCCAGCACUAGUUUGGUCGAGCUUGGAAUCGACUCUCUCGUUGCUGUCGACAUGCGAUUCUGGUUCACCAGAGAACUGGAUCUUGACGUGCCUGUCUUGAAGCUUCUUGGUGGUGCUACUUUGGACGACAUGGUCGAAGACACGAUCGGAAGACUGUCUCCAGAGCUUGUCCCCAAUGUUAAAGAGCUCCAAGCCGCACCCCAGGCGGAGGCUACGGAAGCAAAUACUGAGGCGAAUACGGAGACAGAUACAUCUUCUACUACUGAUGAGGUCCCUGAGUCGGACGACAGCACACCCGCAAACUCAUCCGCCGAAUCCGAUGACGCCUCCUGGUCUGAAAUCUCUACCCCUAACAGCACACCGGCGUCGGACAACGGUAAGCAGUUGGUUGAACAGCCCCUGGCAAUUGAACGCAAGAUCAAGAUGUCCUACAGCUCGCUGCAAUUCUGGUUCCUCUGCCAGUACCUCGAGGACCCGACCCCCUUCAACCUCAGCUUCCGUCUCGCCCUUCGUGGCAAGAUCGAUAUCUCCCGUCUAGAACAAGCCGUUCUAGCCCUGGGUCGCCGCCACGAAGCCUUCCGCACCGCCUUCUUCGCCGACGCCGACAACAACGAUGAGCCAACCCAAGCCGUGUUGGCCGAGUCGCCCCUCCGUCUCGAAACGCUGCAAAUUGCCAACGCGGACGAGGCUGUGGCCGUCAACAAAUCAGUCAAUGGCCAGGUCUUCAAUCUGGAUAGGGGACACACGAUUCGGAUCCUGCUACUCUCAGAAAACGAAAGACCAAACCACCACCACCUCCUCUUCAGCUUCCACCACAUCGCUAUGGACGGUUACAGUCUCAACCUGCUGCUUUCAGACCUCAACGCGCUGUACGAAGGACGCCGCCUCCUCCCCGUCACAGCGCAGCUGACCGACGUCAUGCGCAAGCAGCGCCAGGCCGUCGAGGAUAACUCCUUGGCAUCGGAAUUCAAGUUCUGGAAGCAGACGCUGGGUGUAGUGCCCGACCCGAUCCCGCUGUUCCCCAUGGCAAAGGUGCAGGCGCGCAUGCCUGUCACCAAAUACCAGUUCUCGCAGGUGCCGAUGGCUGUGCUGGACGAGAAGACGGUGAAGACCAUUAAGGACCAGUGCCGUGCCAUGAAAGCAACCAAGUUCCAAUUCUUCAUGGCGGUCCUGCGGAUUUUCCUCUUCAAGCUUGUGGAUCCCGACGACUUGUGCAUUGGUAUGCUGGAUGCCAACCGUGCGGACAGCAGCUCGAACAACACCAUCGGUUGCCUGCUCAACUUGCUUCCGCUCAAAUUUGAGAAUACCACUGGACAGAAAUUUGCCGACGUGGUCAGGGAUGUCCGCGCUAAAGCCUACGCGGCUCUGGCUAACUCUAGAGUUCCAUUCAACGCCUUGCUCGAGCGGCUCGAUGUGCCGCGGUCUUCGACGUAUAGUCCCGUCUUCCAGGUCGUCAUGAACUACAUUGGGCACAAGUGGGAGCAGCCCAAGGGACUCGGCACGCCCGAGGGGGAGAUAGUGGCACAUCUUGGGCACAAUUUUUAUGAUGUGCUCAUUGACGUCAACGACCUCUCGGAAAAGGACAUUCGUAUCAGACUCCAGGCGCAGAGUUACCUGUACUCGGAGAGCGCUACGCAGAUGCUGCUUGAUGGGUUUGUGAGGCUUGUGAAGCUUUUUGCUACUGGGGGUGCUUCGACACCGGUGGAGAAGGCGGAGUUGUAUGACCCUAUUGAGGUGAAGAAGGCUUUGACGAUGGGAAGAGGUGAGUUAUAA